CGAAACGAGCUAUUUCCGCUACUUUUACAUAUGCACCGCCAAGAAGUUAUUUCCCUUGCCACUCGGUGUCGUCUGUAAUUUAGGAUUGUGACAAAUCUCUAGCAGAUGACAUUAUAAUAUCAAAACAUGGAAUUAGUGAAUAAAUAAGAAUUUAGACAUCAUCAUCCGCCCUAAUGGUUGAGUCUCAAGCUAACAGCAAUACGAUGAGAAGUAAUGUGGAUGGAUAUGGAUUUGAGAGGGGAGAAGAUUUUGAUUACAAAACCUAUGAAGAGUUCAUGGCAAAAUAUAUUUCUAUCCUGGCGAGACGAGCUUCUAAGUGGGAAGUUUUAGUACAAAAUAAAACGUCCAUAGUAAAGUCUAGAAAAGUGAAAAGAUUUUGCAGGAAAGGUAUUCCAAAUGGACACCGUGCAAUGGUUUGGAUGUGUGUAAGUGGAGCUGAUGAGAAAAUGAAAAGAAAUCCUGAUACAUACAAAAAACUGUUACUUAGUCAAAAGGAUCAAAGUUUAAUGGACACAAUAGAUCUUGAUCUCCACAGAACAUUCCCAGAGAAUAUUUAUUUUUCCACAUCAGACGGGUUACGUAAACCUCUCAGAAAUGUGCUGGGUGCUGUCGCACAUAAAAACCAUGACCAAGGUUACUGUCAGGGAUUGAACUUCAUUGUUGGUUUAUUAUUACUGCUUAUUAAAGAUGAAGAAAAAGUAUUUUGGUUGAUGGAUACACUUAUCAAUGACUUGUUACCUGAUUAUUACCACCCUGAUAUGAAAGCUGUGAAGGCUGACCAGGAAUUAUUAGGAGAAAUUAUUAGAUGGAAAGAUCCAGAAGUUUAUGCUCACAUUGAGAAACAUAGUGUCUCAUGGUGUCUGAUUGGUAUUAAAUGGUUUAUAUGUUUAUUUGCUGAUGUUUUACCAGUAGAAACAGUAUAUAGAAUAUGGGACUGUUUGUUUUAUGAAGGUGCUAAGAUAUUAUACAGAGUUAGUGCAAUGUUAGUCAUACAGAACAGAGACAAAUUAUUGGCUUGUAAAUCAUUUACAGAAAUAACGGAUGUUUUUAAAGAAAUUGUGAAUAAUCCGACUAUUGUGGACUGUCAUACAUUCUUACAGAAAUGUUUCAAUGAAUUAGGAUCCUUUCCAAUUGCUAGAUUGAAGAAAAUACAAGAAGAAUGUAGGGAACGGCCAUGAAUAUCUUGAUAUUUUUAGAACUUUAACACAAGAAAAGUACAGAGACUGUAAGAGUUUUGAAAGCUUAUGUAAGGUUACUGGGAAUACAAUGCUAGCUUUAUGGUGGUAAAAGGUUUUCAAUUAUUUUAUCUUUACAUUAAAUGCUUAAGGUUAAUAUGUUUUUGUAAGUGUUUUUGCAUACAUGUUCAUCAUUCUGGACACAAAAAAGCCUUUCGAAAUUUUGUUUCAAUGUGUUAUUCAACCACAGAUUAAAAAAAAAAAAAAUAUUGUUUAACUUUUGAAAACUUUAAAUCACAGUGGAAAGUAAUAGAAUGCAAUAAACAUGAUACUUAAGGAUUCACAAUAGCUUUUGAAAGUCAUAACUAUUUAUUAUCAAAAUCAGCAAAAUAUGUCACCUGUUUUUAUGAUUAUUUUACUUUGUUGAGGAAAAGUUAUAUUACUAUUUUUUAUGAUGAUUUAAAACACAUAAAUUUUAAUAUACCAAGUACAAGUGUUUAUUUAGUUUUUGAGCUUGAAUCCUAUAUAGUUUUGUAAAAUCUUUAGGAAGAAUUGUCUUAACAAAAUACCUAUUCUUUUGAUUUAAAUAAAAUAAUUUUCUUGCAGUUGAAAUGAUAUCAACAGAAAUUGUCACAUAUCUUUUCUAACAUAAUCUUUAUUAUUGUCAACAGACAUUGUUACAUAUCUUUUCUUUUUAUUAUUCAUUUGAUUGUGCCAUUUUUUAUUUAUUUCUUUUUCAUACUACUCAUAGUUCUACAAUCACAAAUUUAUGAUAUGAAAGUGUAGACUACCGGAUAGAUAUUUUUUUCUCCCUGCCUUAAAGAGGGGGUUGGUGUAUAAAGUAAUACAUUGUAUGUGUCCAUCACACUUUUAUUUUUAUCAUUCAGAGUUUAUGUUUAAUAGUUUUAAGUAUAGCCAUUCUCAAAAGUUAAAAUUAGAAUCAAUUGACAUAUGUGCCAAGUGCAGUCGCGUAACGUUUCCAUACAGCGGAUUAGAAUAACAGCAAUUUUGUUUCUUGUUUAAUUACAAGUGAUUUUCAGUAUCAGACUGGUAACUCAGAAAUGAUUUCUGUCAAAAACUUUUUUUUCAUAAUAUAAAGAAUUUGUAUAGUAAAAGAAAGUGAAGGCUUCACCUUUUCGUAAAACAUCACAACCAUAAAAGAAGCCAAGGCUGCACUCCUUGGGUUUGAGGAUAAAAAACCUGUGGAUUAACAAGAAAAGCAUUUGAAAUUAGUAGUUAAGGCUUCACUGCCUGCAUUUGCGGCUUGAGAAUUUGCAGUUAUUAUAAAAACUUUUCGCCAAGUCAAAGCUAACCAAUGUUUGUCACUUGAAGCUUGAGAAUGUGUAGAGCAUUGAAAGAGAUGAUAAUAUGGAUUAUAUGUUUUUUGAUAGGUGUGAAUGAACAGGAAUAAUAUGACUCUCUCUUUGAUAUAUAUUAAAUUGAAAUCACAAAUAUACCCUUUGAGAUAUUUGUGUUUUGGCGGUAGAUCUCCACUGAAAAAACCUCUUUUUAUGUCUCCUAAUCUCCUUCCUGAGAGAAUAUAAACAUGCAGCAAGUUAAAUCUAUUAAAUUCACAACUAAAGGUAGUUUUCAACACAUCUUCAUAUUUUUUACACUGAGUUGCAUUUAACAUUUUAACUGUCACUGGUUCUCAAAAAUGCAGUUGUUUUUAACUUUAUAGUUUACAGAAUAGUAUUUGAAAGGUUUUCUAAUCACAUUAUGACAAAAGGGAGGAUGCACAAAUCCCCAGAUUGUCAGUGGUAGGAUUUUAAUAACUGUUUAAUAAGACUUUUUUAAACGAAACUUUCCAUGAGUUUUUAGAUUCUUGGCUCAUUUUCUUUAGCUUUGUUCUUGUUGGUUUCUUUUUAGGUGUGACCUUUUCCUUCACAGAUAUUCAUAUAAUUUAGCAGAAUUUUUCUGAUGACUUCUAUAUAAGUGCUCAUCAGUAUAUAUAUUUUGUGCUUAUGUCAGAUUUCUCAAUGAUGUAGUAAGAAUAACAGGUCAAGUAUAAUUGUACUGCAGAAAGUUGUUAGGUGUUCAUGUCAGACUGAAAGGUUUUUUGUGACCUUGACCUCAUUUUUAUAUUUUAAUGAUCAGCAUUUAGUUUUUUGUACCACAUGGAAGUAAUAAUCGUGUCCUUUAAGCAGGUGAGACUUAUCAAGGUAUUUAACUUUAAAUUCUUUAUAAAUACCCCUGUUUGGGGUUGUCAUUCAGAUUAUAGUAGUUGUGAAGCAUUGCAUUCCAGUUAAAAAGAACCAAAGGGUCAAAAAUUGCACUUUAUAUUUUUUUUUUUUAUUUUUGCUCAAGUGGGUUGUGAUUUUUCCCUUAUCAGAUCCUCUGAAUAAAAACUUUUAAGAGCUACAGUAUUGCAGCAGAUUUUUUUACAAGCUAUAGUGCUCAAGCCAUGCACGGCUUAAUUAGCUAAAAAAAUGCUUUUUACAUGGUACAUAGAUUAUUGUGUCAAGUGUAUAAUUGUGUCAAACUCAUUGUUGUGUCUAACACUAUAUUGUGUACCUAUAUUCACUUUUAAUAUACACUUGUUCAAUCUUCCCAAGUAGAUACAUUACUGUUAUAUUAUACUGUACUCAGUGUAGCUUUUUUCCUUGUUUUAUUACAAAGACAAUCAUGUAUUUUUGUUAUUGUUUAUUUAUUUAUUGGUAUAUUGUACACAUGCUUGUUGUUUAUUGUUUAUGUGUGUUAUAUUAUACACAUUCCAAUGUUUUUGAUCAUUAGGUUAAAGAUCUAUUAAAGUUGAUAAAUCCAUUAAUCUUGCAUUGAAAACAUCUAUUUGAAUUAGAAUAAGGGGAUUCCACAAGACAAUUAUAGGUAUUCAAAAAUAAAACUAUUGAACAAAACCAGAAGGAAAUAUGUAGGAGCACAAAAAGGGAUAUGCCCCGGCACCACAGAGGAGCUACAUAACUGUUUUUGUAUAUAUUAGCUCAUUUCUAACAAUAUGAAUGUUACCAUUAAUAUAUAUUAGUCUUAUCAAUUAUGAUACAAUUAAAAAUUCUCUGACAGCUUGGAAUGUUAUAAUUCUGGAAUUUUGCCUUCUCAUCUAAAUUAACUCAACAAUAGUAAUCAUGUAAAAAGUCCUAAAUGUCAACUUAUGAGCUUGUAGCUGCUAGGUGAAAUCUCUGGUAUUGGCUUUUGAGAAUGACAUAUUUUAUAUCAAUAUAUAAAUGGUGCUUUUAGUGAUUGUAGUGUUGUAUGAAUAUAAAACAUCUCAUUAGUAUUAUACAAGUUAUGAUCAAAUUGACUAUCCUAUUUUUGUACUUUCUCAUCAAGCAUACUAGGCAUAUAAUUUGUAUGUUAAAUGAAUGAAUCACAAACAUAUUUGUUGUUUUGUAAUCAACAAAAAAAAAAUCCUCCACAUUGUAACAUUUGAUUGAAAAGAAGAACUUAAACGAAUUAUAUAGCUUUGUACUAAAAUAAAUAAUCAGAAAAAAUGUUUUUCAUACCUUUAAUGUAAUAAAUGGGCCUACCAUUGUCAUACGAAAUAUUCAAUUAAUAUGUUUUACAUAUAAUUAAUGCAAUAAUGGACCUAUCAUUUUUGUUUAUAUUUUCUCAGUGACAGUUUAAAUGAAAGUCAGAAUUUUGUCAACACAAAAAAUUAGUCUGUAGAAGAAUUUGAAUGAAUGGGAGAAUUUCAUUUUUGUAUCAUUUGCAUUGAAUAGUCAAGUUAAUGGUUUAAAUUAUUGUAAUUUAUUUGUACUUUCAUUGAUUAUUGAUGCUUUGCUUUGAAUUCCUCUUUAUCUUCUACCUCUUUAUACACGUAUGUCUAGUCCUAAAUACUGUCACACAGCCUUAUCUGAAACAAAAAUAUUUUGAUAUUUUAUUUUUAAGAAAAGUCUUUUUCCACAAAAGCCUAUUUCUACUUUAUUUCCAUUCACACAAGUGACAAAGCUAAUUGGUUUGAUUCAGUAAUGAACUAUGAGAUGAGUAACUACAUGUAGUUUUAAUUAAUUCUGUCAAGUUUGGUUCCAUUUCAAUGUUUAAUGUAGGAGAUUUUUCCAUCAUCCAAAAUCCCCACAUUUACAAAUUUCACUUUGAAAUCCAAAAAUCCAUUGAUAUGAGGUAAGUAAUUACAUGUGAUUUAAAGUUAUUAUGUCAAGUUUGGUUCCAAAUAUAAAAGAUUUCCACAUCUGCCAAAAUCCCCUCAUGUACAAAUUGGGCUUUGACAAACUUCCAAAAAUCCAUUGGAUUCAAGAAUGAAAUAUGACAUGCAUAUAAACUACAAAUUGUAAGAAGUAAUAUUGUUGUAUUCUAAAUCAGUAUAUUUGAUCAAAUUACAUCUAAUAAGGAGAAAAUAUUAUUUUUAACAUACAGCAUGCUCUGAAUCUGGUCAAUAGGAAUAUUAAAAAAAUAAACAAGACUUUAUUUACAAAAUUAAAUGGUUAAAUAAUUGACAAUUGUGGUCACCAUUGUUGCAUUUUGAAAAUAGGCCAAUCAGUGGUCAGGUUUAUAGUUUUCAUCUGUGAUAUUAUGUUUGUGUAAAUUGCAUGUAUUUAUAACAAUAAUCAGAUUAUUUUCUGUAUAUCAUUUAUUUUGUUUUUAUUUUUUCACUUAUGGGUUUGUGCAAUAAUAUUUUCUUGUCACUGAAUUCUGUACUGAAGUCUUUAUGAUUUUAAUAUUUCUUCAAAUAAAUUCUACUAUUCAA